AUGAAUCGAGGUCGUCUUCUUUGUCUCAUUGGUUUUCUCUUCCUCGUUGUUUUAUCUAAAGCUUCAGGAACUCACGUUGAAAGAGGACACUUCUCGUCCUCCGAACCUUCUAUGGAAAGCAGAGGGUUUCUCCCUACUCCAUCCACCCUGCCGGGCGUCGGCGCCGGUGAAAUCUUACCGGAGAAACGGAAGGUUAAGACGGGAUCAAAUCCUUUGCACAACAAGCGAUGA